GCGACGCUCGUAGUGAACACCACAAACGUGGACGCAGGAGACCUAGUAAGCGUGCAGCACGAGUUCGUCGCUUCUGGUAAGCAGCUGGCGACUAUGGGGACAUCAGUGUUGCUGGCAGCCGCCUGCCUUCUGACGCUGGGUGACAGGUGUGUGGGGGCCAGGAUCCUGGCUGCUGUGCCGACCCCCUCCUUCAGUCACCAGCUGCCACUGAGGGCCGUGCUGCUGGAACUGGCCAGGCGGGGCCACCAGGUCACCUUCAUCACCACCCACCCCCUUCAGGUUCCCACUGCAAACUACUCUGAAAUAGACAUUUCGGCGAGUAGGAAAGCCUUCACAGAAGUCGUUAAUUUCAAUGAAUUCCUUGAUGCGUCGUCUUCUGUGACGCUUCUAAGAUUCAUUCUUGGUAUGGUGAAAUACUGGUGCGAAUUUCAGUUUGGUUUGGAGCCAAUGAUAGAGUUCACAAAAGUGGAGCAGAAGUAUGAUGCAUUCAUUAUGGAGAAAUUCGGCUCCCCCUGUUAUUACGGCUUAGCGCACAAAGUGGGAUCUCCACCAUUAAUUGGAUAUGCUUCUCUUGGAGCUACGUCACUUAUUCGGAAGACUUUCGGCAGCCCAAUUAAUCCUUCCUACAUCCCUGACUACAAUCUCGGAUACACGGACCACAUGACAUUCUGGCAGAGACUGGACAACGCUUACAGCUUACUGCUUUCGUUGGAUAUUGUACAGAGAGUUUUGUAUGGGAGAGAGGAAGAGGAACUCUGGAAAUAUUCCGGUCAGAACCCACCUACCUUGCGUGCGAUGGAUCACAAUUUCAGCCUUAUGUUGGCCAACAAUCACUUCAGCAUGAGCUACCCUGUGCCGAAUACGCCAAAUAUCAUCGAAUUAACUGGAAUCCACAUCCAGAAGGAGAGGAAGCCGCUGCCAAAGGAUGUGAGGGCGUUCCUGGACGGCGCCAGGGACGGCGUGGUUUACUUCAGCCUGGGCUCCAACGUGCAGAGCAGCGCCAUGCCUCCAGAGAGAGUCCGCGCCUUCCUGGACGCUUUCGCUGGGAUCCCGCAGCGCGUGCUCUGGAAAUGGGAAGCUGAUGGACUGCCCGGUCAGCCCGGCAACGUGAUGACCGCCAAGUGGCUGCCGCAGCAGGACGUGCUGGCUCAUCCGAACGUACGCCUCUUCAUCACUCAGGGAGGACUGCAGAGUUGGAACGAGGCAGCUUAUUUCUCUGUGCCCGACAUUGGCAUACCUUUCCUAGGAGACCAGAUCUACAAUGUUGAAAAGAUGGUCGGUUUAGGCGUUGGACGCAGGCUGGAUUUAAAAGACGUCACCAAAGACACUGUGAUUGAAGCCAUACGGACAGUUCUGGAAGACAAGAGCUACCAGGAGAAUAUGAAGCGCUUCUCUGCCAUCUACCGGGAGAACCAGAGCACGUCCCUGGAGAGGGCGGUGUGGUGGGUGGAGUACGUGAUCCGCCACCAGGGGGCGCCUCACCUGCGCAGCGCAGCCCUCGACCUGCACUGGUGGCAGCUGCUGCUGCUCGACGUCAUAGCCUUCAUACUGGCUGUGGCGGCCGUCGCGGCGUUCGUCCUCUACAAGCUGACUCUGUGGCUGCUCACGUGGCUCACUCGACCCAGCAAACAGAAGAAACAGUGAAACUGUUGCUGUCUGAUAUUCCUUUAUCUUGCAGCACAACUGUCUGUGUGUUUGUUCUGUGCAAGCUGGUUGAAUGUAUAUUCAGUGUAAUGAUACAAGUGUCAAAAUUGAAGAGCCAUUGACAUUUCA